GGGUGACAAGAGAGAUAUCGUCGCGAGCAUCACCGAAGGCAACGAGGCGCGCAAAAUCGGACUCGGGCUCGAGCCUAUGGAGGUGCCCGCGGAGUGCGGCGCGUCGAGGUCAGCUGGCGUCGGGCCGUCGCGGCGUCGACGGCGUCGCCUCGUAGUGGCUUGAGCGCGCAAGCAUGUGCGGUGAGUACGGGGAGCUCGGGGCAUCCUCGGCGUCGGCGGCCCGCCGUGAGGAGGCCAAUCACGGCCUUAAAAACUGCGCUCCAGCACGGGACCUCAGCACGGAAUAAGGAUGGAGGACACGGCCACGCGGAUGCGCCCCUACCUCGACUGCUGGGACAACGAGGACAAGUACUCGGUGGCCAACAGCCAGGCUCCUCUUCAGGGUGGCGAGGAAGAGCAUCCAGAGCGCGGCACCUGGUCGGGCAAAUUCGACUUUCUUCUCUCGCUCCUUGGCUACAGCGUCGGCCUUGGCAAUGUAUGGAGGUUUCCGUACCUCUGCUACUCGAAUGGUGGUGGUGCCUUUCUCAUUCCUUUUACGGUUAUGCUUAUUAUUGCCGGGCUGCCUUUGAUGUUUAUGGAAUUGUCGCUCGGUCAGUACGCAAGCCUGGGACCGGUGGCGGCUUAUAAAAGAUUCUGCCCAUUGUUACGUGGACUUGGCUAUGGUAUGGUGCUCGUCAGUUCUGUUGUCAUGCUCUACUACAACCUCAUCAUCGCGUGGACGCUCUUUUACAUGUUCGCUUCGGUCGCAGGCGGGGGCGAUUUACCGUGGAGCAGGUGCGAGGAGGAAUGGAGUACCAAGGAGUGUUUUAUGCCGGAAGCAGCAUUGGUCUGCUCGAGCCAGAAUAUGACGUACUUUAAGAGAGAAUGUCUGAACUCUAGCCAAUUAGCGGCGAUCAAUUUCUCUGCAGAAAAUUUUACAACCGUCAUACGGAAGCCUCCCGCUGAAGAGUAUUUCAAUAAUCAUGUGUUGCGUCUAAGUCAGGGAAUUGAAGAAACUGGUACAAUAAGCCCAAAAAUGGCUGGCUGCCUUCUACUGGCUUGGAUCAUUGUUUUUCUUUGUCUAAGCAAAGGAGUACAAAGCUCGGGAAAAGUCGUCUACUUUACCGCUCUUUUCCCUUAUGUGGUUUUGAUCGCCCUGUUCGUGCGCGGCAUAAUGCUACCAGGCGCCGACGAGGGCAUCCUCUUUUACCUGACACCAGACUGGAAGCGACUGGCCUCGGCGAAGGUCUGGGGCGACGCCGCCGUGCAGAUCUUCUUUGCAUUGAGUCCGGCCUGGGGCGGCCUUAUAACUCUCAGCUCUUACAACAAGUUCACCAACAACUGUUACAAGGACUCGUUGAUCGUCGCCGUCAGCAAUAUCGGCACCUCGUUUUUCGCUGGCUUAGUCAUAUUCUCGGUCAUCGGUUUUCUUGCCCACGAGCUCGACGUGCCCGUCGCCUCGGUCGUCGAUCAGGGCGCCGGACUCGCUUUCAUCGUUUAUCCGGAGGUGGUGUCGAGGCUACCCGUGGCGCCGGUUUGGUCUCUCCUCUUCUUCGUCAUGUUACUGACUCUCGGCCUGGACUCGCAAUUCGCACUCAUGGAAACCGUCACCACCGCCAUCCUCGACGGCAUCCCAGCACUGAGGCAUUAUAAGCUCUGGAUCGUACUUGCCUGCGCGAUUUUUGGAUACGGCGGUGGUCUUAUAUUCACCACUAACGCUGGCAUGUAUUGGCUCCAACUGAUGGACAAAUAUGCAGCGAACUGGUCGGUCUUGCUGAUCGCUAUAAGCGAGUGUAUUCUUGUCGCCUGGGUUUACGGAGCUGACCGUUUCCUGGACGACGUUCAGCAAAUGAUUGGCGUGCGCAGCCGCUGCUGGAGGUUCUUCUGGACAUGGAUGUGGAAGGUCGUAACGCCGGCCACCCUCUUUUUCAUCCUCUUCUUCAACUGGGUGGAGUACGAGCCGCUGAAGUACGGCACCUACGUCUAUCCCAAAUGGGCCGACAUCGUUGGUUGGGUCGUUGGAUUAGUGCCAGUCCUCGUUAUCAUCGGUCUCGCUAUCAGCCAGCUGCGGGUCGGGAAGCGCAGGCGCACCGACUACGUCGACGAGGACGAGGACGACGAGCUGCGGGGUACCGGUCGCGACGGCCUCUGGAGCAGGGCGCGCAAGCUCCUGCAGCCGAGCUCCGACUGGGGUCCAGCCUCCCGCACCCCCUUCACGUCCUGCAGGACCCUACCCCACACGCCAUCACCAGGGCCCCAGUGCGGCUACGACGCGAUAGUGCGGGACACGAUCGUUCUGGUGAAUGGGCAGCCGAUGACGGUCCAGGGUGCUACGGCCUCGCAGAAGCUGCCUGGGCCCUCGAUACUUAAGAACUCGAGCAAGACGGACCUCAUCACCUCGCAGCAGGUCUGACGAGAGGCUACCGUCGAGCUCGACUAUCCCUCCGAUAGUUGUGCCUACUCCACCUUCAAGUUCUGAAUAUCUGAAUUUUCCGCUUUCCGCUCGUCGGUUGCCGAGGCCUUGCGCGCCUGCGCGACUGCCCGCGAGUCUUCCUUCCUAUUUCUCUUCCUCUCCACCCACUCUCACGUUCCCCAUUUUUUAAUCGAAGCAUGCAGCGACGUUCUUUUGCGCGCCUCUGCGUGGUCUGCCGCGCGCCCGUAUACGUUUGCCUACCUCGGUUCCCCACCCCCACCGACGUCGCCAGUUUGCACGCUAGCUGUGAUUUUAUUUUCGUUCGUAUAUUUGGAAAACUUGUGACGCGCGUGAGGGACGCCUGGAAUGCGCGACCGUUCGUGGAAUAGCUUGAUUACGCUUAAAAUACGAAGCUUUUCGUUUCAGUUUCGGCGGCGUGCAUUCGGUGUCGUAUUUUU